CUGAUUAAACGAGAAGGAAGUGUGGGAGUGGAGGCUGCGAAGCUCUCCCUUUAAGAGGCAGCCUGCAAUGACGAAUUGUUGAAAUUGCCAUUGCAGGAUGGCAUUCCACUAUAAAUUCAUUGUUCCACCUCCUCUCAUCUUCACAGCUCUCGCUCUUCUCCUCUUGUUCACAUCGGCGGACUGGGGAUAACGCCGCUGCCACCAAACACCCAUUAAACUCGGAGCGGGAGGAGGGGGAACCUUGAGAAUCUGGGACCUUUCUCCCACCCCCUGACCGGCAAGGGAGGGCUUGUUUUCUCCUACCUCUCUCUCACACACACAUUCACUCACUCACUCUUUCUGCCGCCCGCCUCUCCAAACCAACUCAUCAACCCAAAAAACAAGGGGACGGAGGAAGCCGGCGAGAUCCUCGGUGCUGUGCCAGAGCCGACCUCGCUCCCGUCGGAUGACUCGGUGGCCGAGAGAGAGAGAGAGAGCGAGGCGCAAAGUCCCAACUUCUCCGAUGCCUCCUGGCUGCUGCGAGAGCCUCGUCUCCCUCCUACUGAUGCGCUCUUGACUCGUCCGGCAAAGACUUCUCCAGCCUUUUGUUUUCAAGCAGCCUGUCCCGUUCGCUCCCCGAUCUCCCGCCCGGAUCGCCGACCCGGCAAUCGACUAUCCGGCUGCUGCUGCGGAGCCCACCAUGCUGCUGAAGUUGCCUUGCCCUCCGCUGCCGGCGCUGCUGCUGCUUGCAAGCUUGCAAGCGGCUGCCUCGGCCGCCGGAGUUUCCCCGGCAACUUCAGCACCUGCCUAUGAUAAAGCUGUGCAGCUUUCCAAAGCAGCAGCAGCAGCAACGCCAGGCGCCGCGCCCCCCUUCUUCGGCCCGGAGCAGCAGCAGCAGCCACGCGGGUCCACCGGCCUCGUGGAGCGCGUGGACCAGACGUACUCGGGGGGCGGCAAGGUGGGCUACGUCCUGUACGCCGGCGGGCAGCGCUUCCUGUUGGACCUGGAGAAGGACGCGCUGCUGGGCUCCGCGGAGCAGCUGCUCCAAGGCAAGGGGCGCUGCUACUACCGCGGAACAGUGGACGGCAGCGCGCAGUCCUUGGCCGUCUUCGACCUUUGCGGUGGCUUGGACGGCUACUUCGCGGUCAAGCACGCCCGCUACACUGUGAAGCCGCUGCGUCUGGCAGACGACGGCGGGGAAGGGGCUGAGGAGGAGCCCUCCCGGGAGCGCAUCUACGACGGGGAGUCCGCGCGGGUGGCGCACCUCUUCUCCAAGGAGCACUUCAGCUUCCAAACGGUGCCUUCUCGGCCCAGCUGCGAGACGCGCGGCUCGCCCAAGGUGCAGUUUCUGGACCAGAAGAAGCUGGGCCUGCGGCAGGAGGAGACGGAUUUCACCACCAGGGCGGCGCUGUCGGGGAACUUCUCUCCGUCCGCCGGCCCCAGAAACAGAAAGCGGCGUUCCAUCUCGCGGGCUAGGCAGGUGGAGCUUCUGCUGGUGGCCGACGACUCCAUGGCCAAGAAGUACGGCAAGGGUCUCCAUCACUACCUGCUGACCUUGGCCACCAUUGCCUCCCGCCUCUAUGGGCACGCCAGUAUUGAGAACCACAUCCGCCUGGCGGUGGUGAAGGUGGUGGUGCUGGGGGACAAGGAGAAGGGCUUGGAGGUGAACAAGAACGCGGCCACCACCCUCAAGAACUUCUGCAAGUGGCAGCACCAGCACAACCAACUGGACGACCAGCACGAGGAACAUUACGACGCUGCCAUCCUCUUCACCCGUGAGGAUUUAUGUGGGCACCAUUCAUGUGAUACUCUGGGAAUGGCUGACGUUGGAACCAUAUGCUCUCCUGAGCGCAGCUGUGCAGUGAUUGAAGAUGACGGCCUCCAUGCGGCUUUUACGGUGGCUCACGAAAUUGGACAUCUCCUUGGACUUUCCCAUGACGACUCCAAAUUCUGUGAGGAGAACUUUGGUUCCAUGGAAGAUAAGAGGCUUAUGUCUUCUAUCUUAACAAGCAUUGAUGCUUCUAAACCCUGGUCCAAAUGCACUUCAGCAACAAUAACAGAAUUUCUGGAUGAUGGCCAUGGUAACUGUUUACUGGAUCAACCACGAAAACAGAUCUUGGGCCCUGAGGAGCUUCCAGGACAAACAUAUGAUGCCAUUCGUCAAUGCAAGCUGGCAUUUGGGUCUGAAUACACAGUGUGUCCUGGAAUGGAUGUGUGCUCUCGUCUGUGGUGUGCGGUUGUUCGCCAAGGUCAGAUGGUGUGUUUGACCAAAAAACUCCCUGCUGUGGAGGGGACGCCAUGCGGAAAAGGAAGGAUCUGCCUUCAGGGGAAAUGUGUUGAUAAAACAAAGAAAAAAUAUUACUCGGCUUCAAACCAUGGGAACUGGGGUUCCUGGGGGCCAUGGGGACAGUGCUCUCGCACAUGUGGUGGAGGUGUUCAGUUUGCAUAUCGUCACUGCAAUAACCCUGCACCUAGAAACAAUGGCCGGUAUUGCACAGGAAAGCGGGCAAUCUAUCGCUCGUGUAAUGUCCUGCCAUGUCCUGCCAAUGCUAAAGCUUUUCGCCAGGAACAAUGUGAAGCAAGAAACGGUUACCAGUCCGAUGCAAAAGGUGUCAAAACCUUUGUAGAAUGGGUCCCCAAGUAUGCAGGAGUGCUGCCGGGAGAUGUUUGCAAGCUCACUUGUCGAGCCAAAGGAACUGGCUACUAUGUAGUUUUCUCUCAAAAGGUGACUGAUGGAACGGAAUGUAGGCCGUACAGUAAUUCAGUCUGUGUCCGUGGCAAAUGCGUGAGAACAGGAUGUGAUGGCAUUAUUGGAUCGAAGCUGCAGUAUGAUAAAUGUGGAAUCUGUGGUGGAGACAAUUCCAGCUGCACAAAAAUUAUGGGAACCUUUAAUAAAAAAAGUAAGGGCUACACAGAUAUUGUGAAAAUACCAGAGGGAGCAACACACAUCAAAAUCCGACAGUUCAAAGCAAAAGACCAGAGUAGAUUCACAGCUUACUUGGCCCUGAAAAAGAAAAAUGGUGAGUACCUUGUCAAUGGGAAGUACAUGAUCUCAACCUCAGAAACCAUCAUUGACCUCAAUGGAACUGUCAUGAACUAUAGCGGCUGGAGUCACAAGGACGAUUUCUUGCAUGCAAUGGGACAUACAGGCACGAAGGAGAUCCUUAUUGUACAGAUUCUUGCAACUGACCCAACUAAACCAUUGGACGUCCGUUACAGUUUUUAUGUGCCAAAGAAACCAACCCAAAUGACAAACUCCGUCACCAGCAACAGCAGCAGUAACAAACUGGCGACGCCACUCACCCAACCCCAGUGGGUGACUGGACCGUGGCUUUCUUGCUCUCGAACAUGUGACACAGGUUGGCACACAAGAACUGUCCAGUGCAAAGACAGAAAUGAAAAAUUAGCUAAAGGAUGUCUUCUGUCUCAAAGACCUUCAGCAUUCAAGCAGUGCUUGCUCAAAAAAUGUUAACCUGUGGUUCCGCUGGCUUCUUUAAAAGGAGCCUCAUUAAGUCGUAGUUGACAUGUUGACAUAAGGUCUACCCCGGCACAGAGAAAAACCAACACUUCAAUAUGCUUUCAUGUUGUCUCAAAUUAUGGGCAGAAUCUGCCUAUUUGGACCAAAUGAAGAUAUGCACUGCUCUGAGUCAUAGUGAGGUGAUCUUGAUAUGUCGAAGGCACUAAACAUUAGUUGCUACAAGCCCUUUGUAUCUGCAAAUAAGAAGAGGAUAAACCAGUGAAUCAUCUCCCUUAUCUCACCUACCUCUAACCCAGUAUGUCCUUAGACAACUUGUCAUACUUACCCACGAUACCACAAUAGCUUUUUUAUACUAUUUGUAAAUAUCUCUGCUUUGGUAUGUCACUUUAUAAUCACUUGAUCAUCUUGUGGAAGAACAAAGGCCUUUCUAUACGACACAAGUGAUUGACCAAAGUAUGUCUGCAGCCAUUGAGGACUCCACCUUUUCAAAAAUGGCUGUGGAUAUUUUACUGGAACGUUAAAGAGCUUGCUGCUUUAUUUAAAAAAAAUUAAUUUUUGACAAAAGGAAAUGCAUUUCCAUCCUAGGAAUUUCCUGACAAGACUUUAGUUCUGUAUUAAUGCCUUUCUAACCAGAUAUUCUCAUACAAGUGGACCUCUGCAGCAAAAAAAGAGAGAGAAAGAGAGCUGCUAGUAUGUAUCUUGAAAAUGUAAAGGGGGGGCAUACUUAAUUCUGUUUUAGCAAGUGAGAGGGUCAUGAUCCAGUCCCAUAUGUGCAUCCUUCCAUGUGCAGGGAGACAUUGUGAAGGAAUUCUGCAUGUGGGAGCAGCACAUACAAGAAGAGAUGUUCACAUCUUUCUUUUAUUAGUUUCACUGUGGCUUCUACUGGAAAUCUAACAAUGUAGUGAAUUUGUUAUCUACUGAAGAAGCUAUGAAGAAAUCAAAAUACAUAGCAAGUGGUUUCUUGCAUGUAGCAAUGUAUUGUCUAAUACUUCUAAUUUUGGGAUGCAUUUUUACCACUCGUACAAGCCCAAGCCCAAUCCACAGGCUCAGUUAUGAACCAAUAUAUAUUGUGCACAAACUGUCCCAUUGUUGCGAUGGAGCAUGUGCAAUCUUCUGCACAUGUGGCUUGGGCCACUCCAUUGAAUUUUUUCAGGUGCACCUCAACACUCCCAUACAAUUGGGGGUGCCCAUGCACAAUUUGUUUUAAUUAGUUAAUUUUAAAACAAAAAACAAAACAAAACUAUAAAAUAUAUUUAUUUUUUGCAACAUUGCAUAUUUUUGUAGAUUAAGGCUGCAAUCCUAUACCCACUUACUUGGGAGUAAGUUCCAUUGAGUAUCAUGGGACUAGCUUCUGAGAAAAUAUGUACAGCAAGGGCCACAAGAAGUGAUAGCUAUAGUCAGUGCUUUUUUCGGGGUGGUGGUGGUGCAGGGGUACGCAUACCCCUAAACAUUUUGUGAAUAUAAGUUUAGCCUCAUUGGGGGCAGUAUUUCAAUAUGAGUAGGAAAGUGAGAGUACCCCUAAACAUUUUUUUGUAGAAAAAAAAGCACUCACUAUAGUCAAUAUUUUGAAGAGUAUUUCUACAAAUAAAAGGGUGCAAUUUUUUCCAGGGCAUAGGCAAAUAAAUUUCCCAUUUUAGAAAGGUAACAUAAAUACCUCGAUCUGAAGUGUGAUGAAAUUAAUUGACUUUUGGAUCAUCUUUAUAUAAUAUGGAAUAUAUCUAUAUGGGUAUAAAAUCUCAGUAAAAGAAGAUUGCCCCUCUGCUCCUAGUGCCUUCCACAAAUAUUGCAAGUAUGGACAAUUCUUGAUUUUCCAUUGCAAUUUAGUUUUAGAUUUCAGGGGAAUCGGGACCCAAGUUUAAUUUUGAUCUAAAGUAUUUGCACUCCAGCACCAGUUCUGAUGUUGUUCUGGAACAGUGGUUAGAAUGCACCAUUCUAAGCAUUUAUUUUCUAAUGUAGGGCGUUUUAGGGUGAAUAGAUUGUUAAACCACUCCCAUUUAUAUAGAUAGGCCAGGAGUAGGAAACCUGUGGCCUUCUAGAAAACGAUGUGUUUGCAUUCCUGUUGGCACUCCAGAACCUGUGGCACUUCAGACAUCUCUCAUCAUCCCUGAUCAUUGGACAUAUGAACUAGGGCUGAUCAGGUUUGGAGUCCAACAACAUUGGGAGGGCUAUAGGUUGCCAACACCUGAUACAAGUCCUGUUUACAGCUAUUUCAUUGGAGUGCAGGAGUACUCCCAUUUAUAAGUAAUAGCCUGACGUGAUAAGAUAUGAUCAUCAAUGAUGAUUGACCACUGCACUUUCACAUCCAGGUCAGACUGAUGCCCAUUAGGACUAGUAGUGCAGAAGGCAGGGAGACCAACAGUAGACAGAGACAGAGACAAUGACCAGUGGAGCCAAUGAAUUCUCGGUAUGUCUCUAGUCUCUUCUCUGUUGCAUUAUAAAUUGGCAACACCAAGACUAACAAGGAGGAAGCUGACAGCAGCAGCACCCGCUGGACUGAUUGUAAGAAGGCAGGCAUUGUCCUAAUUGCCCUAACAGACCAGCCGAACAGAUAGGGGUUUGAAGAAUGUAGGUGCAUUUACUAGGUAUAUAAUAUGGCGAUCCAAACAAACAGGCGUUUCCAGAAAACACAUUGAUUGAGCAAAACAGCUGUUCUCCAACACUGUUGUAGCAUAUGUAAUUACACAUAGCUAGUUGUGACAGAAUAUGGAUAGGGUUGUGCAUCCAGAGGUGGAUCAAAAAGUGCAUCCCAUCUAUAGCACUGCAAGGUGAAUUAGCAACAUCCACAUUCAAAUGCACAUCUCCUUUUUAUACCUGUGAUUCCUGUCCAGAGAAAGAGUGCCACAUAUGAAAUACACUUCUGCAGAAUGCUUCCACCUGUGACUAUAGGACUGGGAGAGAUAUCAGUUUAGUACAUUCUUUGACCCACUUUCUGUUCCAAAUUAGAGGUUCCCUGACUUUAAACAGUUUUCAUGCCAUUAAACAAAUUCUGAUCUUAUGUGCAUAAUCAAGGAGAUUGAGCUUUCUACCUAUAAAAGAUGCAGCUCUUUCUUCAGCGAUCUUGGGAUCUGAUCGGUUUUUUUAACUGAAAGAAAGGGCAUUGCAAAUAUUUUUUAAAAAAAACCAGGAAAUGAACUUCAAGCUGGUGCCAAUCUUCAACAUUUAAUCUUUUUAUAUUAACUGAAGAAUCAAUCAUAUUUGGCACCAUGUCCAGGAUCACCUUUCAGUAUUUGCCUAAAUUCUUUAUGAGCAGAGGCCUGAGGUGCGUGAACAUUAUGGGUUAUAUCCGGGGCUUUUUUUUUUCAGCUGGAACUUGCCGGAACUCAGUUCCGGCACCUCUCAGGUGGGUGCCAUUGCCAUUAUAAGGAGACGUUCAUGGCGAGUUCCAGCACCUCUUUUUCUAGGAAAAAAAGAACUGGCUAGAUCAGUGAAUCAAUAUUCUAGGGUUGGUGAACCUGUAGCCAUCCAGAUGUUGUUGGACUUCAGAUCCCAUCAGCCCCAACUAGCAUAGCCAAUGGUCAGGGAUGAUGGAAGUGAUAGCCCAACAAUGUGUAGGGCCACAGGUUCCCCGUCCCUGCCCUACACUCUAGUUUUCCCAAGCAAUAGUAUUGGAAACUUUUAACUGAAAGUAGUCCCUUCAAGAACAGGAAAGGGAAAACUCAAAAGAAGCAACUGAACACAGUAAGCUAAAUGCAGAGAUGGUGUACAUACAGUGUAAUCCUAUACAUGUAUACUCAGAAGUAUGUGCUAUUGAGUUCCAUGGAACCAACUUCCUUGUAAGCGUGUUUAGGGCCACUGCCAUCAUGGUCUAAGUUACAUGAGCACAUGUAAGUUACUCAAACUCAGGUAAAAGCAUGGAAAGAAAGUGAAUUUUAGUUUCCUUAUUGUAGCGUGAUCCUAGGACACAUGUGACAUAUGGUAAGCACAGUACACUUGGGCAAGAAAUAAAAAAGGCAAAAUUAAGGAGAACUGUGUGUUUGCCCUUUUCCUGCACCCUCCCCACAUCUCUUGCUCUCUUCUGCAUUGCUUUCUGCACUCAUUAAUGUGAAACUGGUGCCAAUUGUGUCACUUUAUAGUUUCUAUGUUUGAAGCAGGUCAGUGCCAGAGACUCUAAUCUAGUCACCACCUGAUGUACUGUUUGGUUAUUCAGAUUUUCUCUGAGAAUUCUACUAGCUUGAAUGGGAGCGUAUCCACUGCUAAAAUCACAACUGGUGCCAUGAUUCAGUGCAACUCUGUACAGUGAAGGCUAACUUUCCAAAUAAUCCUCUACACUAGAAAGUUGAAAUCCUCAAACCACGUGCUGUCACUGUAUGAAACCUAUUGGGUGGUUUAAAGAUUGAAUAAGGCUGGAUGGAGCAACUUUUCCAUGGAAAUGGUUUAUCCUCUGGGGACGGAGUGGGGAAAGAUGUUGGUAACUGAUCACAGAUGUAAAAAGAAAGAAAAUUUAAAAAACAAAAAAGUAAAAAAGCAACAUAGCACUGAAAAAUAAAUAAUUUAUUGUUUUUACAAAUUGGUAUGUGAAUGGCUGUAAUGAAUUUAUUUAUUCUUAUUUAACAUGAAAUGCCAAUUGUGAAAAUUCUUCUAUAUUUAAAUUGUUUUGCUAUCACUUCUUUGUCUGUCUUUCCCUCUUUUUUCCUUUAAUUUAUGCCUUAUAUUUGAAUGGAAAGUACUAUGUGAAUUUAUCAGCGUGCAGCACUGGUUGCUUUUAUAUUGUUUUUAUUUGAUUUAUCUGGAACGCUUGUGUAUGUGAAUGUGGUGCAUGCAUGUGAGAGUAUGGUUAAUAGUACGAAUAAAUAUACUUGGGUGAAUGGCUGUGUGGGUAUUACCACAUAUAUAAACAUACAGAAUGCACAUGCAUCCAUACAGAUAUGUGUCUGUAUAUGUAUACUGAUAUAUUUUGUAACCACAGCUCCCCCCAUAGCUGCCAAGUUAUCCCUUUUUUAAAGGGAUUUUCCCUUAUGCUGAAUAGGCUUCCUCGUGAGAAAAGGGAAAACUUGGCAGCUAUGGCUUCCCCCCCCCUUGCAUUGCAUUAUUUUCAAAGCUUGUAGUUGCAGGGUGCAGUCACAGGUUUAAGUAUUGUAUAGGAACCUUCUCCCAUCACGUCAUUCUUGUACAUCCAUCUAUCCAAGGCCUGAUUUCAAACAUUAUUUCUGUAGCUUCCUUUGGGAUGUCAUGGGGAAAUUGUUUGUGCGAAAUAACUCUCUUGUGGUUCCCCUUUAACCAUACCUGCAACUUCUUUGAAAAAGAUGGGCUUUGGUCUUUUGACAUUAGUGGGCCCCUUACCACAAAUGGCUUCCCAUGUAGGUGGUAUCUAGGCAGUUCCCCAUUUAAUUUGUAGUUGUGCUACAAAAAAUAAUGUCUGGGUUUGUCUUGCAAGCUCACUUUGAUCUGUUUGCACUAGUGGUAUGACAAAGUAAUCACACAAACCCUUUUCCACGGGUAGAAGGCUGCCAGAGAAAAAGCAUAGUUACCACAGAGAUGGCAAUCGGUCUCAUUCAUUUGAUAUCUCAUCUUACGGGCAGCCAAGAGCUUCAAAAUCAAUUGGGCCUAAGCAUAUAUCCAUCAUUGUAAUACAUGUUUAUUUCAGUGGGACUUUAAGUAAAUAGCUGGUGGUUCUAAAAUGCACAGCCAGGCAUCUGAUUUAAUGUUCUUUGCAUUUUGAGCUGAACAUGCAUAUACCCUAAAAUACAUUGUUCAUAAUCUAGUGUGCAAAAGGUAUGAUGGGGGCACCUGAGGUUUUCUGGAGACUCCACAGUACCAAAACCCAGAAACAAAUGGGUUUCUCUCAUCCAUCCACUUUUCCACUGCUUCUAGUGAAGAUACACAAGAGCUGUUUCUCUUUCUUCCUGCAAAGAGCUUCAGGUAACCUGAAGAUUGGGGAAAACAAUACUAGCUCAGCUCCAGAGAAGCAAUUACUAGAAUCAUAGAAUCAUAGAGUUGGAAGAGACCACAAGGGCCAUCCAGUCCAACCCCCUGCCAAGCAGGAAACACCAUCAAAGCAUUCCUGACAGAUGGCUGUCAAGCCUCCGCUUAAAGACCUCCAAAGAAGGAGACUCCACCACACUCCUUUUGCAUGUCUUCAGUGGAAGCAGAAGCCUGAGGGUGAAGAAAACAUACUGGGUCAUGUUUCUGGAUGUGAAAGUACCAAUGCAUUGAGAAUGCAAAAGCAGCUAAAUAAAUCUAUAUUACUGGGGCAACUGGCUUGUGAAACCAAGUUUUCAUAAACCAUACUGUAAAUCCUAUUUAACUCAAUGGGACUUCUAGGUAGGAAUGUAUAGAUUACACUGUCAGUCUGGAGCAGGCAUCCCCAAACUUCGGCCCUCCAGAUGUUUUGGACUAUAAUUCCCAUCUUCCCCGACCACUGGCCCUGUUAGCUAGGGAUCAUGGGAGUUGUAGGCCAAAACAUCUGGAUGGCCACAGUUUGGGGAUGCCUGGUCUGGAGUAAUCUUGGAACCACCUUACUUGUUUAAAGGCCCCUUCAGUGGUGCAUAUAAAAAACACAAAACAAAAAUUACACCAACCAUAUUAGUGAUUCUGAAACAUUUAAUCUAUUCAGGUUGGAAGCCAUUGCCUUUUGCCAACUAGUAACAGAUGGUUGUUCCAUCCAAAUGGUUCCAACAUAUUACUGGUGCAUCCAGCUACAACGUCUGAAACAUUUUUAAUGGCCAAAAGUCCUAGGAACUACCACUAUUACACAUAUAUAAUAACAGGUGCAUUUUGUGAAGUAGCUGAAGAAACCAGAUGGCUUCACUAGAUGCACAACAGAAAAGUUCAGAAACUUAUUUAAUACUAUGAAUAAUUCCACACUGAUCAUUUUGCUGACAGUGCUUUCAAAACAAGUUUUGACAUUUUAUGUUGUUUUCCAAGACUGCUACACAGUCCAGUUUCACAAUUCAGUUGUUUUAGCACUAGUGAAUGACUUCUGAUGUUCAGGUUUCACCACAAUACUGGCCCAUUUAUUACUUUUAUCCUUGAAUGUGUAAACUCAGUUGCUUUAGAAUGUGAAAAACAUUCAGUGGCAGGCACUCUCAAUUCUCAGUACUUCUAAUUCAAUAACAAAUUGGGAAAUAAAUGUUCAAGCCUGUUACACUGGAUUCAGUGAAGCAAUCUAAGCAGGUGUGGUGUUGUCUAUUGUAACAGGUGACGGUUACAGAUUAACACCCCCAAAAUACCAGAUAUUUUGCUAGUAACUUGUAGUCAGAAAUCACUUAGCCUAAUGCUCCUGCUCCUUGAACUCUUAAUUCAAAGCCGAGAUGUAACAAACGAAUGCCGGAAAAUGUGUUUUCAUGCCAGCUGAAGACAUUUAUGUACAACUAAAUAAUUAGGUGUGUGUGUGUGUGUGUGCGUGCGUGUGCGUGUGCAAAUUCAUGUACGGUGUCUGUAUAAAAUACGUGCUGUAUAUGGAUGAGGAAGGAGAUCAACAUCAGCCUUCACCAGCUUGGAACCCUUCAGCUGUUUUCAACUACAACUCCCAUCAGUCCCAGUCAUCCCAGCCAAUGGGACAGGAGUUGUAGUCCAAAACAUCUGAACAUUUGGCACAAAGUUGCCAAAGGCUGACCUAUUUAAUUAAUGAAUACAUAGUGUGCAUUUAUUACUUCCACUACAUCAGUCUAUGGCCAGAAUAACUUCACCAGAGUUAACCAUUUACAUCAUUAUAUAUGUGAAUUUAACACAAAAUUUUAUAUUUUAUCAGAGCCUAGGGCUUGCCAAUCAGAAGGUCGGCGGUUCGAAUCCCCGCGCCAGGGUGAGCUCACAUUGCUUGGUCCCAGCUACUGCCAACCUAGCAGUUUGACAGCACGUCAAAGUGCAAGUAGAUAAAUAGGUACCACUACAGCGGGAAGGUAAACGGCAUUUCCGUGCACUGCUCUGCUUCGCCAGAAGCGGCUUUGCCAUGCUGGCCACGUGACCUGGAAGCUGUACGCCUGCUCCCUCAGGCCAAUAACGUGAGAUGAGUGCCGCAACCCCAGAGUCGGUCACGACUGGACCUAAUAGUCAGGGGUCCCUUUACCUUUACCUUUACUAUAAAACAUAAUGGCACUUCACAGCAAAACCCAUUCAAAACAUAUGGUAAACUGCCCCAUCGAAUACUAUACUAAACUUCCGUGUUUGGUUCAAGCAAUUUUAACCUUGCUACAGGUAAACAAACAUUGGGGUGGGAAAGUGAACAAACAUGUAAAAGAGAAAAGGCUGAGCUACACUAGGACUAAUAAUAAUAAUAAUAAUAAUAAUAAUAAUAAUAAUAAUAAACUAGCAAAGAUCUUGCUGUUGGAAGAUGACUUAAAAGCCAGUAGGUUCGGUCUGGCUGUACCAACAGAACACAUUGCACUAAAAUACAGGCAGCCAGUCUAUGGCUUGUGUGCUCCAUGGCCCUGCUUGACACGAUUUCUGGCACACAUGCCAAGAAAGUUGGCCAUCACGGCACUAAAGCACCACAGCUUUUUUUUUUCUUCAAAGUUGCUGAUGAAGGAAAACUCCACAACUGCUCUGAGCAAUGAAUUCCACAGGCCAACUGUCCUUUACUUAUAAAACCUUGUUGCAUACUGAUUUCUCUUUACCCUUGCCUCCCUGUAGUGUUUUCUGUAUACUAAACAUGUAUUUUGACAGUGCAGUGACCAUAGCUGGACAGUAACUCCAGCUGAGAACCAAUACUGCUAACUAUAAUGGUGCUAUAAACUCCUGGGUCUUUCAUAUGAAUCUGCUGUUAAUGCCAACCAAAAUGAUUUUUAUUUUUAUUUUUUUGCAUUUCCUGGCCUUAUAUUAAACACCUCCUUAUUGAAUGUUAGUGUGGCCGUUGUGUUCUGUAAUACCUUGCACUAGAUGUUUUAGACAUUAUUGAUAAUGUAAGUACAUCUUAGGAAACUGAUGUGUGUGUUGCCAGCUUUUUGUCUUUCGUUGGGAAAAUGCCUUACCAUAGUGAAUUAACACUGGAGAACACUGCAGUGUCAGCCAUUGUACAAGAUUUGUACUGUAUUAUGAAACAUUAAAGGCCAGCGCCUUGAAGCUAUACAACUAUGAUGACCAAUGUAUAAGAGACCAGUUGUGAUCUUAACUGAUUUUGUGGCUUCAGUUGAAGUAAUAAACUGUGUCAUGGGCUUGACUAGUUCCUGCA